GUUAGAUGGCUAGCAACACUUGGCCCCUGACGGAUCGCAUGGCCAUGAGCACUAGCCUAGAUCCCGAGUCCGGUGACACGGCGCAUUACGAGGCACCGGACCGUGCCAUGAGGCUGUGAUGGACUUAUCUCGAGUCUCGACUGUCUCCAGCCAAGGUGGGGAAUUGGCCCCCACUCCUCUUGCCCGACCGAGUACCUGAAGAUGUCCGAUAACGAUCAUAUAUAGCUGCACAACGGCUGCACCCGGAGGGAUCGCGUGGGAUAAUUUCUGCCCAAAGAAGCUUUCCGGGUAAAAUCAAUUGAACAGACCCGACGCAGGGUCCGAGUUACUACCGCAAUGGAGGCUGUGGAUCGGCCAGAAAGCCCUGGACACCCUCCGGCAAAACAAAAUAACGACGCAGACGCACCACAUGAGAGCAAGCAGGCGGAGGAUGCGAACUCCAAGCAGGAAGCUGGCUCUCAAAUUAUCCCAGGACAUGCUGAGCAACCGAAAGCUCACCGUGAUGACACUGAUAAUACCGAUGACGAUGACCACACUGACGAUGAAUCGGAACACAGAGACAAUGAAGAAAGCUGGAAUGCAGAGGACGCAUUCAAGGAUAGGACGCUGAAUCAGAAUGUGGGAGUCAAAUAUUAUGAUUUCCAAGGGUUCACGAACCGUUUGGUGGACGACAACGGAGACUACACUAUUGAAGCUCUGGUCGGUAUGUCGGCAUGGUGGAAGGACAUGGAACGGGAAAAGAAACGACGCUCGGCGAAUAUUGGACCUCCAGCUGAAAUACAUGAGAUGGCAGCGCCAUCAGAAGGAGUCGCCGAAACCUUGCAGCUUCAGCGUGUACGGAUUCGUUCCCCGGAGAUUCUCCGUCGGCUCUCCGAACUUGGAGAGUGGCAUGAAAGUAGCAUGCCCCCUCCAAAAUCAGUCUGUGUGUUCUGCCGGCCGUUUCAUGCCCUGGCCUACUUUCAUGAAGGGAUGAAGCAGAAGCUAGAGCAAUUGGAGUCGGAGCAGAAGGAAUCGCAUGCGACCAACUCUGCCACCAUCGACGAAAUGCGAUGCUAUGUCACCUUUGUGGAGGAGAGGAUUCUGCCGCUGUGGAAAAGAUUCGAGCAAGUGACUAAGAAUACCCCGAACAAAGUUCGCUACGAUGAACUUUCCCUCCUUUUCCGCCCGGGAGACUUGGUGUUUGUGCCAUCGGUGGCUACCAGCACCAAGGCACGCCACCAGUCUGCUAUUCAGAAUGUCUUUCGCCUAGCAUCCCUCCGGCCGGAGGACCACAUGUGGCAAACAGACCCCGGAGGCUGGUUUGUCCCAAACUCUCUAGCGAGAUGGAGUAUCUACUGCUUCGACCACGAUGGAGAGGACCUGCGAGUGAUAUGGCAGUCGCUGGAGAUUCCACAUUUCUCUGGCGAGCAAGAUGUGACUGCCUUGCCAUGUUACCCCCUGCGUUUCCACCCCGACCAUGCAGCAAUCCUUAAGUCCCAGGCUGAGACCGGUAAACUCUUCAAAGAGUUGAUAAAACCGCAGAACAAACAUCAGUACUAUUCCGGGUGGAGCCUGUCAACAGGUAUCUUCAAGGAGAGCAUCGAGACCGAUGAGCCCGAGCAUAUAGAGAGCGAGGUGAUCAUUGACAUCAAAGAGGCUUCGCGACACGUCCCCGAGACCUAUCCCAGUGACACGAAACGAUACGAAGAAACAUUCCACGAUUCCUGGGCCACGGUCGUUGAUGAAAAUGUCCCUUUCCGGCUGUGGGGCAAAGACCAAUACCCCAAGUUUCACGAGAAAACCGAAGAUAUGCUAGCUCGAGAGGACUAUACAUAUGCAAAGGAAGCACAAGCCUACAAGAAGAAGAACCCCUAUAUAGACAACAACGACACCUUCACGAAAGAAACAUGGUCCGAUGAGGAUUAUGCUCUUCUUCCUCGGAGAGUACUUGGAUAUGUUUUACGCGAGAGGAGAUUUACGCGACUGGAUGUUCACAGUUUUGAUUUGCGUCGCGUACUGGACGAGAAGAUUACGCUGGACCAUGUGCAGAUAAAGCCUGGCCACAGAAGAAUCAUCCGAUCAACCGUCUCGUCACACUUUGCUAAAGUCCAGCGAGAGCGCAUUCGGGAUACUAUUCUGUAUACUCCGGAUAUGAUCCGAGGCAAGGGACGAGGACUGGUGAUCCUUCUGCACGGAGCCCCUGGAGUAGGCAAGACAGCAACAGCAGAAGCAGUGGCGCUGGAAUUUGAGAAGCCUCUAUUCCCCAUCACCUGUGGAGAUUUGGGGACCACACCGGAGGCUGUUGAAAAGUCCCUGAAGGAUAUAUUCCGCUAUGCUCAUCUCUGGGAUUGCAUUCUGCUAUUGGAUGAAGCCGACGUCUUCCUCACACAAAGAGAUCGAACUGACGUUGAGCGAAAUGCUUUGGUUUCUGUGUUUCUAAGAGUGCUAGAAUACUACAGUGGCAUUCUCUUCCUUACGACCAACCGAGUGGGCGCUCUGGAUGAAGCCUUCCGUUCACGAGUGCAUCUCAGUCUCUACUACCCUCACCUCAACUGCGACGAUACCAUCUCCAUCCUAUCUAGCAAUCUGGCGCGGCUUCCCCGAACGGACAAAGUUCCCAAAGGAACCACUAUCGGGAAUGGACACAUCCACGUCAUGGACAAGGAAAUCAUCGAAUUCGUCAAAGGCGAAUAUGAGAAAACAUACAGAACCCACCGACGAGGCCCCUGGAACGGUCGACAGAUUCGCAACGCCGUACAAAUAGCAUCUUGCCUCGCCUUCUUUGACCAAAAGGACAAACCCCCCGGCAAUGACCUUCCCGUCGUCCUCACCGCAGAACACUUCCGCACAGUAAACGAUACAAUCGAAGAAUUCGACCGAUACCUCGUCAAGGCCCGACGCGCCGACGAUCGCAAACUAGCCCACAUGGAAGGCAUCCGAUACGAUGCAUACGAGGCCGGCCUCUCACGGGAACCAGCCGCAUACGAUGGCUUCAGCGGCUACGAGUCCGACCACCACCCCGUGGAACGCACCCCCCGCCGCAACAUGGGCGCCCGCACCCCUCAACGCCAGACCCCAUACGCAAACUCCGCAGGUGGACGUGUCACAGCCGGACGAUAUUCCUCCGGCCGAAAACGCGGCGCCAUAUACGAAUCCCAGCAUUAUGCCGAAGAGGACUUCCUCGAGGAUGACACGUACGCCCCGAGUCCCGUCCCCGGACGUAGAUUCGAAGGCGCGGGCGCCUCUGAACCGCCCCGCUCCCGGGCUCAACCGAGACCACUACCCAGACAGGAGGAGAUUUAUGAGGAGGAUAUCUACCCCGAUGUCGAAGAUCAUGCCGAUGGGGACUACCAUCUUGCGAAAGAUCUGGAUGGUCCGCGCUCGACUCCUCGCAAUCUAGGUAGGAGUCCGAGAUAUGUGGGGGAUUACUCCCCUGCGCCGGGCCGUAGGACGAGGGGGGCUUAUAUGGAGGAGGCUGCGGGUACACCGAGGUCUCCUCAUCUGGAGGUGGAAUAGAGUUCGGGAGAUGUUGAUGAGUGAUGGUUGAGCUUAGAUCGAGAUUGUAUACCCUGCGUGCUAGGCUUAGAAGUCUAUAUUCUUGCUCGUGCCUUGACGUCACUUUUGUGAAUUGUAGAGAGGAAUAGCCGUUGAGUUCAACGGUUCCUUUGAAGGGCCGAGUCUCUAGGAGGGAAUAGUAUCAUAGUGAUAGAAUUAUACACUCUAAAUCCUA